AUGACAACCACCACUACCUUCCUGUUUGAAAUAGCAACAGUUGCCGCCUCAUCUGCACAGACAUCAUUGUCACCGCUGGCUUCAGCUGCGCCGUCAGCGAUCGCGUCGAUAGCUGAUUCGGACGACGAGAGUAAUGGCGAAUGCAAAUUACUCGGGCCCUUCGCCAUCCUCAUUCAAAGCGCUCUAGGCGCUCUUGCGUUGUUAUCUUUGGUUUUCAAGAGAUGGAGAGAACGACCGCAGCGGCCGCUGAAGAUUUGGUCCUUUGACGUCUCAAAACAAGUCGUGGGAUCGAUCCUCCUGCAUCUGGCAAAUCUUCUCAUGUCGAUGAUUUCCUCUGGUCAGAUUGAGCAGAGUAUUGCUCAGGCGGCGGCAAACACAUUCGCAGCGGAUGUCACUGAUGUGUAUCAGCCCAAUCCUUGCUCUUUCUAUCUACUCAAUUUGGCCAUUGAUACAACGAUUGGGAUUCCGAUAUUGAUUGGUAUCCUGAAGAUCCUUACCAUCGGCGCUAGUUACACACCUCUGGCAAAUCCAAAAGAGUCAAUCGAAUCUGGGCAUUACGGCACUCCGCCAAGAGCCACCUGGUGGCUUAAGCAGUGUCUUAUCUAUUUUUUAGGCCUGUUGGGAAUGAAAGCAUGUGUUUUCCUGAUCUUUCACCUGUGCCCCUGGCUCGGACGAGUAGGUGACUGGGCACUCCGAUGGACGGAAGGCAACGAGGCUCUACAAAUUGCCUUUGUCAUGCUUAUCUUCCCGCUGAUCAUGAAUGCCCUGCAAUACUAUAUUAUCGACACGUUCAUCAAAAACUACAAGGGUCCUGCUGAUGACGCCGAGCAUGAAAGAGAGCACGGUGAAGAAGAAGAGCACGGCGGCUUGCUGGAAGAAGAUUAUCCUGACCAUGGUCAAUCCAUCGACGAAGUUGAGAUAUUCAAGAGCGCUGAAGGGACGCCCGACCCCAAGUUCCAGAGCAAGCCUAUCGCAGCCUAUGACCCCAACAAAGAUGGAGAAGUGGAUAUAACCGGUCGGGAAGGGGAGAGCAGUUCGCUGGCAAGUCACGCGGAAGAAGAAGCUGUAGAACACAGGCCACGAAUUUGA